ACGAAACUAAAAAAAAAAAUCAAUUUAAGCCACAGAAGGCACAGAACUUUUUAUUGAUAAAUCAGUAAAUAUGAAUAAACAACUUGUGGUGUUUCUCGUCAGCUCUUUUAUUUGUGGGACUUUGGCACAACAGCCUUAUUACCUGCAACAAUGUCCGAGAAAUGAAGAAGUUGUAAAUGAAUGUUUACGCGAUAGUGGAAACAGAUUGGUGCACUAUUUACGACAAGGUGUUCCAGAACUGGAUAUGUAUGAGAUUGAGCCAGUGAUCAUUGAUGAAAUUGGAAUUGUUUUGGGAACCGGUCCAGAUGGUUAUCGGGCAGUUUUCCGAAAUAUUCAGGCGUAUGGUGUUGGUAACAUAACCGUUACAAAUGUAAGAUCGGAUAUCGAGACCAUGCAAUUCCAAUUGACUUGUGAAAUUCCACGGAUCAAAGUCAAAGCCCAAUACCGUUCUACAGGUGUUUUGAUUUUGGUAAAGGCCUCUGGUGCUGGCGAAUACUGGGGAGAAUAUGAGGGUGUCAAGGCGAAGAUUUACUUCAAAGCUAUUCCAAAUGUUGGUGAAAAUGGUAAAACUUAUCUCACAGUAGAUACAGUUAAGAUGGACUUCAAUGUUAAAUCGAUUCAAAUGGGUGUUGAUAAUAUUGCAAAUGGAAAUACUGUUAUACAAGCUGCUUUGAAUUUGUUUAUCAACUCGAACGCACAAGAAUUACUGAAAGAAAUGAAACCAGCUUUGAGAGCUAAAUUAACCAUGGUCAUACGCAGUUUUAUGGAUAGACUUUUUGUUAGAAUUCCUCUUGAAGAUUGGUUGGCUUAAGUUUAUAAAUUAUAGAUAUUAGUUCUUAAAAUAAGUGUAUUUAUUAAAUAUAAGGGUCUUAUUGCA